AUGGACGAAGAUGAACGCACGGCCGAGACCCUGGACCUCGCACAGUAUGCCACUCAUGGCUUCUGCCAGGGCUACCCUCUCAAGCGCCACCGAUACGAAACCCUGGACAACGCCGGCUGCUACGAGGCCCGGAGAGACUGGGCUAAGUAUAUCGGACCUGCUCGCGAGUUUGGCGGGUGCAACCCUUUUGACGGGAAUUUCACUUCUCUGGUGCUGCCACUGUGUAAGCCGGAGCGGUUGAAGCUGAUUGCCUACAUAAUUGAGUAUGCGUUCAUCCACGACACCGUCGUGGAGGGGUUAGACUCGGAGAACUCCGCAGGCGAUGACGAAUUCACCCUGGGCAAGCGCCAAACAAUGAGUGAAAAAAUCAGAACGGGGAGGAAACAGCUCCAGGCCAAGAUGAUAUGGGAGCUGAAUGCCACCGACAAAGUCUGCGCCGCGAAAAUCAUGGACACUUGGAAGACGUUCCUGUCGACCACGAUCCGGGACAAGGAAAAGGAUUUUGCCGACCUCGAAGAGUACCUCGACUUCCGUAAUGUCGACUGCGCAGCGUAUUGGGUCGAAGCCUGUAUGCUCUUCGGCAUGGGCAUGACUCUCACCGAGGAAGAAGACGCCCUCUUCGCCGACAUUAAACGCUGUUGCUUCGCCUCCCUAGCUCUGUCCAACGACUGGUUCUCCUUCGACCGCGAGUGGGCCGAGGCGCAGAACAGGCCCUCCGGUGCGAAGCUCAUCAACGCCGUGUGGCUGUUCAUGCGCUGGCGCGGGGUCAGCCCGAACGAGGCCAAGCAACUGGUCCGGGAAGCGACAAACCGGUACGAGCAUCGCUUCUUGGAGCUGUGCGACGAGUUCCGGAGGGCACACCCGCAGCGGGAGGACCUGCACCGCUACCUGCGCGGACUGACAUACCAGAUCAGCGGGAACGUGGUGUGGAGCCUGCGCUGCCCAAGGUACUAUCCGGAGUUUCGGUAUGAUCCGAACGCGGGGCUCGAAGAUGCCAUCAGUGCAGAGUGGAGAGCGAGGGAGAAGGCGGCAGCCAGCGCGGCCGGUGCUGGCGGGGACGAUGCCGGGGCCGGUAGUGGGGCCUGUAGUGAUGAGAAGCACCAAGGGCGGCGGACGCUGUCGGUAUUUUCCACAGUAUCGCGCCAGUCGGGCGACUCGGACGUGCACUCGACGGCGCCGUCGCACGGUAGUACCGUGUCUCGCUCAUCGUCCAUGUCUAGCGUCAUGACGGCGCCGGAUGACGCCCGUGGGGAUGCCAAACCGGGCCUUUUGCUGCCGACUAGGGAAUGUCUGGUACUCGAGCAUCUCGAGGCACCGUUCGAUUACGUCCGGUCUCUGCCCUCAAAGGGAGUGCGGGACACGCUCGCCGACGCACUGAAUCUCUGGGCGUGUCUGCCGGAGGACACGCUGAUACAGAUCAAGGAGGUGGUUGGUGACCUACAUACUGCUUCAUUGAUGUAUGCGCUCGAUGACAUUGAGGACGGGUCAGAACUCAGACGGGGCUUUCCUACGGCUCAUGGCGUCUUUGGUGUCCCGCAGACCAUCAACUCGGCUAGCUUUGCUAUUGUCGAGGCCAUGAGAAAGGCACACAAGUUGUCGGAAUGCGUACCUGGUGCUACUGACAUUGCCUUUGAGCAACUGCGUGACCUUCAUAUUGGGCAGAGCUACGAUCUGUAUUGGACUCGCCAUAUAUCGUGUCCAACAGAGGAGGAAUAUCUAGAAAUGGUCUCGAAGAAGACCGGCGGCUUGUUUCGGUUACUCUCUCGGCUGAUGUGCAGUCGUCUGCCCUUGGAAGUAUCUUCCGUAAUCGACAAUUUGGUAGAUAAGGUCGGCAUCUAUUUCCAGAUCCGAGACGACUACGAGAAUCUCAAUUCGGACGAGGCAAGUUUUUGGAUUUCAGAUUAUCAAUACACAAAACAAAAGGGGUUCUGUGAAGAUCUGGACGAGGGCAAGCUCUCGUUCCCCCUUGUCCACCACCUCAACAACGCCCCGCAUCAUAUGGCACUGCAAGUCCGUGAGAUUCUGGAACAGCGGCGCGAGUCGGUCGCGGGUUGCAUAAGCGAUUCACACAAAAAGCUGGUGCUGCAGCGUCUCAAGGACUCCAAGAGCUUUGAGUAUACACGGCAAACGCUUAAAGCGCUCGAGUCGCAGAUUGAUCGCUCGAUUAGAGAAUUGGAGCGAUUGACAAGUUGGGAAAACUGGAUGCUCCGGCUCUGCAUGCAGCGGCUCAGCGUCCAAUAA